AUGACCGCUUCUUUCAAAGUUAAAAACCAAGGGAGUGGACUUAAAAAUCGGCAAUUUGUUUUAAAAUAUGAUUCACCAUCAUUCAAAUUUACUAUAAUUAGACCUAUAACAAAAAUUCUUGGCUAUGCUAAAAAAUCAAAAUUUGAAAUUAUAAUUGUUAAAAACAACCACAAUAAUAGGAGUAAAAAAGAUAAUCCACCAAAUUUAUUAAUUUGUGAUGCAGACUUUGGGAAAAAAGUUAAUUUGGAACCAUCAACUACUGAUAAUGAUUAUUGUUUUGAGGAAGGUGUUGUUUAUUAUUCAGCUGAUGUUGUGUUAAAUCAUAAAGGUAUUUGGAGAAUAGGUUAUGAGUCAGGACCAAACAGCUAUGGAUUUUUAGCAGAAUAUGAAGUUAAAUAG